AAGCAACGCGCUCCAGGUGUGGCCGGUUGAACAAAAUGGCAACAUAUGGUGACGAGCCAGUCGACAGCUAUUUCUAUUCAUCUUACAACCCUUACACGGGGGGCAGAUUCCCCCGGAGUAAAGACACGAGGUGGAAGUCCAAGAGUUACCUGUCCCACUAUGGAGACUAUUCAGAGGCGUUCAACAACCAGCAGCGCGCGCAGCUCAAAUCAAUCCUCUCCCAGAUCAACCCCAAACUCACCCCGAGGCUCCGGAAGGCCAACACCAAGGAUGUAGGUGUGCAGGUGAACCCGAAGAGGGACGCCUCGGUGCAGUGCUCCAUCGGCCCGAGGACUCUCCUCGCCAUGAAGCGGGACUUCUGGCGCGUACGGCGGCAGGAGGAGCCCGUGACGCCCGGCGGCCCCGGCGGAGUGAGGUACCCUCGCACCCUCGCUGUGUAUUCCCCCAUCGCCUACAGGAGCGUCACCUCGUUCCUGGUGGAUGAAAACAACAACAAAGCAGCUUCCUGUGGAGAGGCGGAGACCGGAGAUCCACCCGGUGAUCCACCUGAGCAAGAGGACGAGGGGAAGACCUCCAAGCUCCCAGAACAACGCAGCAAGUUAAAGACCAAACAGCAGAGUCCACCUGUGCAGCAGACUACAACUACAGCAGGGUCAAAGGGCAAGGCGCGCGUGCGCUUUCAGUUUCUGGAACAGAAGUACGGAUAUUAUCACUGCAAGCAGUGCAACCUGCGGUGGGAGAGUGCCUAUGUGUGGUGUGUUCAGGGAACCAAUAAGGUUUACUUCAAACAGUACUGCAGGAAAUGCCAAAAGGAAUUUAACCCAUACCGUGUUGAGGACAUCACAUGUCACACCUGCAACAAAUCCCGCUGCUGCUGUGCACUAACACUCCGCCACGUUGACCCCAAACGGCCCCACAGACAGGACCUGUGCGGCAGAUGCAAAGGCAAGCGGCUCUCCUGCGACAGCACUUUUAGCUUCAAAUACAUCAUCUAGGAGGCGUCUCUCCUGAACUUUGCCUUGUUAACACAUCGGUACAUGUCCUGGGUCGGGCGUCUUCAGCCCAGUGCUCUAAAUGUACAGAUGGAACAAUAUUUGUUAAGAAACUUUAUUUCAUGCCUGUUUUGUGUUGAGGAAAUUAACGGUAAGCACUACACACCAAGCAAAGUAAUAAAAUGCUAUCCUGCAUCGUG